ACAAUGGAGGGAACCCGGACGGGCGCCGCCGUGUUUGCGGUCGCGAUGGAAACGCGGCCAUUUCGUUGUGUGGCAGCGCGGACAUUUCCUCCUGCUUGAAAUGAACCCCGAAUUAUGUCUCUAUCUUCCCGAAUAAAGACCUUUAUAUCCAUCCUUUCCCGCACCCCCAACUCCACUAUCACGAUUGCUCUCCCGUCUUCUCCUGGCCCGGGCGGUGUUAGUACAGUCAAUGCGCCGCCAUUACCAGACUGCGGCCCUCGCCUCUCCUCGGCGGGUAGCGCACACUAAGCGAGGUUCAGGCUUCCGUCGCGGCCCAGGUUGAGGCACCCCGGGGCGACGACAAUGUACCACCGACACCAAGCUGUGGACACGCCGGGACCCCGAGGUCGCUGGCCGCCGUGGCUUGGAGCUGCCAGGCUGCUGAAGGCGAACGCGGCCUUCGUCUCCCUCGCCGCGCUCUGUUGGCUCACCGGGGCCGAGGAGGCCUUGUCCCUGAGUGCCGGCUCUGUCCUCGGCCGGCGCCAAGUGUACCGUUUAUUGAGCUACUGCAUCUGUCAUGAUAAUAUAUUGACUUUGCUUGUCAACAUUGCCUUGUUGGUUGUCCUGAGCAGCCGGCUGGAAGAACAGUUGGGUACCAUUCGAUACUUUUAUCUCGCCAUUAUUUUUGCCACCCUCUCUGCACUUCUUUAUCUGCUUCUGGGCAAACUAUUACGACUUGAAGAAACACCAGUGUGUGGUUUCACAACUGUUCAGUUUGCCAUGGUGACAUUAAAGUGCUAUAGCUCUGAAAUGAAACGGACCUUCGGGGUAACAAGAAUCAAUGCAGCAGCAGUACCUUGGAUAUUACUCCCAGUUGCCUACAUUGUUAUACCAAGUUCAUCAGUAUAUCUCCAUAUAUGUGGAGUAAUUGUCGGCCUGCUCUAUAGUUAUAGGUUUUUGUUCUGGUUGGAGUUGCCAGACUUUGCAAUAGAACAUGUGGAAAGACUGGCUGCCUGUUGGUAUCUGCACCAUAAUGCCUGGAUACCAUUUAUCUUCUCUCCAGUACAAUAUCACCUCCCUGUUCAAAGUAAUACUGAGAGGUAUCCUGUGACUGAGGCCACCCAAACCCACACAUCCUCUCAAGUAAAUUUUACAGCAACGAGUGAUCAUUUUAAAAAGGAAAACAAAAGCUGCAACAUUGAAAUAGAUUCUCAGUGGAUUGAAAUCUCUAACCAGAUACUGCCUCCUUCACAACCUCACACAGGAUCAAUGGGAGCCAGUAACUUCCAAGCAGAAUCUCAUAAUCCAUGUAGUUCCGCAUGUUCUGACCUGCUGGAUCCUAGCCAUUGUUUCUCUGAAUAUUAUCGCAUGAAUCCAGAUGAUAUUUCUGCUGCAGCUGCUUAUGGCCUGCUUACAGAUGAGGAUCUUUUACGUGCUAGUAUUGCUGCCUCCUGGAAAGAAGCUAGAAUGGAUCAGAACAGUAAACUGGAAGUACCCAAGUCUUCAGUGUCUUCCCUGCGACUGCAGCAACUGCAGCAGAUGGGUUUUUCUACGGAGAAGGCUGUUUUAGCUCUUGCCGCUUCAGGAAAGAUGGAGGGUGCCAUCAACCUCCUGGUGGAAGACCAAGUUGGAGAGGACGCCAUCGUGACAACGAAGGGUAAAGUGAUAUCCAAUUAAAUAUCAGUGAUACUGCUACAUGACAAAAUAUCUCCUGAUUCCUGAAAAGAGAUUUAAACAUAGCCAUUUAAUGCUUCUUUUGUAUUGGUUACUGUAAAAUACUUUUUGUGCAGACUUGCAUAUAAAUAACAUAAACUUAAAUAAUCAUGCCAAGUAGCAGUCUUUUUUUGAAUAACAUAUGAUUCACACUCCAAGCUCUCCGAGUUGACUGUGCUUGAACACCUCUGUCAGUGGAUCACCAACUUCCUGACAGACAGGAAGCAGCAUUUGAAGCUGGGAAAGCAUAUCUCGGACUCGCUGACCCUUAGCAUAAGAGCACCGCAAGACUUCUUUACUCUCUCUUAGGGUUGCCAACUGUCCCAUAUUAGCUGGGACAUCCCGUAUAUUGGGCUAAAUUGGUUUGACCCAUAUGGGAUCGCCUUUGUCCCUUAUUUGACUGCUACUAGCAGGUGCUCCUCAACUUACGAUGGGGUUACGUUCCGAGAAUAUUGAAAAUAUCGUGUCGAAAAUGCAUUUAAUGCACCUAACCUACCAUCAACUGAGUGUUCAGGGUUGGACUGUCAGGCGCUUGUGGGUUUUCAUUCUCCAGGGUUAGUUCUCUCCCC